AUAGAAAGAGAGAUGUCAGUGUACACCUUUGGAUUGGGAGUGAAUGGUGCAUUGGGUCAUGGCGAUGAACAAUCACAGAACUUGCCAAAGAAGAUACAAUACUUUGGUGACAAUAACAAACGAAUCAAGAGGAUAGCAUGUGGAUCAUAUCAUACUGUAUUCAUAACAGACGACGAUGAGUUAUAUAUGACAGGUAUUAGUCAAGAUCCAAAGAAUGGAACGACAUUGUUUUAUGGUCGAACGGGUACGACUGAACCAUUGACGACUGGUAGUGACACUUCAUCACAGACGGAUGAUCGCAAGUUAUCGAUAACAGCAUCAGAGUCUGGUGGUAACAGUCCACCAACGAGUGCCGCCGACGCUAGCAUCACAGCUCAGCAACAACAUCCCCAACCACAUCCACAACGUAUCGAUGAGGACAAGCGAACAGAGACGAUGGAGGGCAUCUCGCUGAUCACCAGUAUUUGGAUGACCGAUGUCAAGCCGCCUGUCACCACGCCCAUCCGCAUCUCCCUGGACUUUUUGCAAGGCAGUCCACACAGCAGUGUCAAGCAGGUGGCGCUUGGCAACUAUCACAUCGUCAUCCUGACCGAGGGUGGCAACGUUUGGUCCUGGGGAUCAAACUCCAAUGGACAGCUUGGCAUUGGUCUGGACGUCCAUUCCAACACACCACGAAUGGUCGAGCUCAAGUGUGUCAAGCAUAUCGCCACAGGUGUCAAGCAUACAGCCGCCAUCAAUGAGUGGGGAGAGCUAUACAUGUGGGGAAUCAAUGAUCAUGGUGAGCUUGGACUUGGAGAUACAGGUCAUCGAAGACUUCCAACAAGAGUAUCCAAGUUAAAGUCAGAGUAUGUGACCAUGGUGGCAUGUUCCAGCACUCACUCUGUCUGUUGCACAGACUCUGGAAAGAUGUACUCAUGGGGACAAUGCGACAAGCUUGGAAAGAUACAGACUGUUCCAACAGUGUUGCCAUUCCAAAAUCAUUUGGAGGGCGAUGCAGAUGGCGGAGGAUGUGGAGGUGGAGGCGAGGUGCGACAGAUUGCAUGUGGCGAGUGGCAAAUUGCAGCUUUGACACAGCUUGGCGAGGUGUACUUGUGGGAGGUUGGCGGUCGACCCACCCCCAUCCAUCACCUGCUAGCCCAGCACAGCGUGCGAUCGAUCACCAUGGGCAACUUCCAUCUGGUGUGCCUCACUGACAAGGGUCAGGUGAUCACUCUGGGCAGGAACAAGUCUGGCCAGCUUGGCCGCAUACUGGCGUCCACCGAACAGGGCUAUCAGCCUGGCUUGGUCAAGGAGCUGUGCCACGAUGAGGAAACGGCCACCACCAAGGUUGGCCUGCCCGACAAGGACUUUGUAAUUCAGAUACAGGCGGGCGAGUACCACAGCGUGGCGUUGGUGCAUGAUGCACCCAAGACCAAGGCGUUGCUGAACCUGCUCAAGGUACAGCGUAACUACCUGCGACAGUUGAACAUCCUUUCAAAGAUAUACUACAAAUCGAUGAUGACCAUCGCCACACCUAGCGAUCCGCUCGUCACCUCUCUGCUUCAACAGACUGCGUCGGGCCAGAACCCGUCGUCACACCCUUCCGCCGCCUCGAUCUUUAAUACCAACCAGGUCAACAACCCUUACAUCACGCCCAACUCGCCACAGUUUGGAAGCACGCCACCAUCACCCGCGUCUGCGCUGGCGCCACCAUCAUCGCCCAGCAAUCCUCACACUCAAGCAAUCACAUCCAGCUCAUCAGCAUCCUCUCCCAACCUCAUGAGUCCGAGCGGCUCGUCCACCGUGCGACUGAGGACUGCCAGCAUGGCCACCAUCAGAGGCCUUUUUGGCCUGAAUGCACUGUCGAGCAUGAGCACAGAGGAGACGUCGAUCACCGAGGAGGAGGUGUCGGGCAUCUUCUGCGACCUUACCCUUCUCAUCAGAUCGACACAGAUCUUCUUGAGCCGCCUUGACUCACGUCUAGACAAUUGGGACGUCAUCAACAAGGUCGUGGGCGACAUCUUCCUCGAUGACAACAUAAUGAGCAACUACCGUGUCUACAUCCCAUUCAGUGACAACUACAACUCUGCCUGUAUGACCUUGUUCAAUGCUCGCAAGCGCACAGAGAAGCUCACCACACUACUCAAGGAAUGUGAGAAGCGAUCACAAUCAUUUGGCAUCAGGUUGGAUCAAUCACUCGUCCAGGACAUGGACCUCAAGAGUCUAUUGUUGGCGCCACUUCAGAAUAUCCCAAGACUAUACAUCAUGCUAAAGAAACAUAAACAGGAUAUUCAAAGCUUGUCGACUCACAAGGAUAGUGAGUUGCUCAAUCAGGCAGCUGGCAAGUUCCAGGUGUUGUUGGAAAGAAUGAAUCAAAACUUCCAGUUCGUCGAUGCCGUCGAGAUAUUGAACUGCUCCAGCAAUGAAUAUGGCAAUCCACAGAUCAUGGGUGGUUCCUUGGCACAGCUUGUCGACAAGUUGACUCAUCACAACAUCUCAGAUCCCAACUUUGGCAAUGUAUUCCUACUCACGUUUAGAGCAUUCACGACGCCACUGCAUCUAAUGGACAUGCUCUAUGAGAAGUAUGAAAAGACACCAGCCGUCAAGAACCGAGUGCUCAACAUCCUGACGGCAUGGAUCGUCAACCACUUCUACGACUUUGAGAACGACCCCAUCCAAGAGAUCAUGGACCUUCCCAACCAUCAUCCCAGCUCACUAUCCGUGCGCAUGGAGGACUGGAUCAAGACAUCCAACAACACCCUAAUGAACUCUGUCAAGAAGGAGUAUGAGAAGCAAAGAGGAAGAGUAACUAACACCAACAUCAACCAUGCACAACAGAGUGUUGAGAGUAGACUUAAUUCACUGUCUGUAAAGAUCCCAAUACCAGCAUCGACGCCAACCAUAUCAUUGUUGGACUUCUCAAGCAUGGAGAUUGCACAGACUAUCACAGUGUUGAAUCAUCUCUACUUUGCCAAGAUUGACAAGAGAGAGUUCCUCAAUCAGGCAUGGGCAAAGAAGAAGGCACCCAACAUCCAAGCAUCAACUGAUCACUUUAACAGACUGAGUCAAUUGGUUGUAUCCGAGAUCGUUCAACAAAAGAUGUCAAAGCAGAGAGCAGCAACAUUAUCCCAUUUCGUUGCCGUCGCACAGAACUGCUUCGAGUUGAACAACUUCACAGGAGUGGCGGCAAUAAUUUAUGGACUAAACUCUGGACCAAUAUCAAGAUUGAAGAAGACAUGGAGCAAACUAUCCAAGGACACUAUGAACACGUUUGAAUAUCUGGAGAAGGUUGUAACACCAUUGAAGAAUUAUAUCUCAUUGCGCCAUUUGAUGGCCACCGUCCAGCCACCUUGCACACCAUUCCUUGGUAUCUAUCUCAAGGAUCUAACAUUUACAGAGGAUGGCAAUCCCUCUGUGAUUGGUGGUCUGAUCAACUUUUACAARGCACCGUAA